AUGCCACUGGGCUUCUCAGCGAAUGAGAUGGCCUCAUGGCUGCAGGUGGCCUGGGAGGUGCACAGCUUCAACUCCGUGGCCCAGCUGUGGGACGGGAGCCACACUUGCGUGUGCUAUGGCAUCUACCUGACUGCAAGCUGCUGGCUCCACAGACACAGCAGGGAAGCCAAAGCCAACAGCCAGAGCCUGGCCAUGGAGCUGCUGCUGGGCUUAGGCUGCCUGCCACUGUCUCACUCCAUUGCUCUGGGACAGGCGGCUGUGCAGCCCUGCAGCUCUCCCGAUCAGGACUGCCUUCGCUCAUGGUGGCUGCGGCUGGCUGGAGGUGGGAACUCUGUGCCUGAAGUCAUUACUUGCUUUGGAGGCAGGGAGGGGUGUGCACAGCCUAGGGUUGUGAAGUGCCAACCACUUUGCUCAUGUGUUCUGCUGCAGCAUGUGUUUGUCAUCCGGGAGCGUCCAGAGACAGUGUUAAUAGACCUGAUCCAGAGAACAAAAGAUGCAGUCAGAGAACUGGACAAUCUGCAGUAUCGGAAAAUGAAAAAACUGCUCUUUCAGGAGGCACACAACGGACCCACAGUUGAAGCCCAGGAAGAGGAGGAGGAUCAAGACCACAGUGCGGGCCGGACAGGAACAGUGAACAGUGUUGGCAGCAACCAGUCCAUCCCUAGCAUGUCCAUUAGUGCCAGUAGCCAAAGCAGUAGUGUGAAUAGUCUUCCAGAUGCCUCUGAUGACAAGAGCGAGCUGGAUAUGAUGGAGGGGGACCACACCGUGAUGUCAAACAGCUCUGUCAUCCACUUGAAGCCAGAUGAAGAAAAUUACCGAGAGGAUUCAGACCCAAGGCUGAGAACGUCAGAACCGCAUUCUCCACCCCAAGUGUCUCGCCACAGGUCCCAUUACCGCAACCGAGAGCACUUUGCUACCAUACGCACAGCAUCACUGGUAACUAGGCAAAUGCAGGAACAUGAACAGGAUUCAGAGCUCCGCGAGCAGAUGUCUGGUUACAAGAGGAUGCGGAGGCAGCACCAGAAGCAGCUGAUGGCCCUGGAGAACAAACUGAAGGCUGAGAUGGAUGAGCAUCGCCUUAGACUGGACAAAGACCUCGAGACGCAGCGCAACAACUUUGCGGCAGAAAUGGAGAAACUCAUCAAGAAGCACCAGGCAGCCAUGGAGAAGGAGGCAAAAGUAAUGGCCAAUGAAGAGAAGAAGUUCCAGCAACACAUUCAGGCCCAGCAGAAGAAAGAACUAAACAGCUUCCUGGAGUCCCAGAAGAGAGAGUACAAACUCCGCAAGGAGCAGCUGAAAGAGGAGCUGAAUGAGAACCAGAGCACUCCCAAGAAGGAGAAGCAGGAGUGGCUGUCCAAGCAGAAGGAGAACAUCCAGCACUUCCAGGCAGAGGAGGAGGCAAACCUGCUCCGGCGGCAGAGGCAGUACUUGGAGCUGGAGUGCCGCCGCUUCAAAAGGAGAAUGCUGCUCGGGCGUCAUAACUUGGAGCAGGAUCUCGUCCGGGAGGAACUAAACAAGAGGCAGACCCAGAAGGAUCUGGAGCACGCCAUGUUGUUGCGCCAGCAUGAGUCCAUGCAAGAGCUGGAGUUCCGGCACCUCAACACCAUCCAGAAGAUGCGCUGCGAACUGAUCCGCCUGCAGCACCAGACAGAGCUCACCAACCAGCUGGAGUACAACAAGCGGCGGGAGCGAGAGUUGAGGCGCAAGCAUGUCAUGGAGGUCCGGCAGCAGCCCAAGAGCCUCAAGUCUAAAGAGCUCCAGAUAAAGAAGCAGUUCCAGGAUACUUGCAAGAUCCAGACCCGGCAGUAUAAAGCCUUGCGGAACCACCUGCUGGAGACCACACCAAAGAGCGAGCACAAGGCGGUCCUGAAACGGCUCAAGGAGGAGCAGACCCGGAAGCUGGCCAUCCUAGCGGAGCAGUAUGACCACAGCAUCAACGAGAUGCUCUCCACGCAAGCACUGCGACUGGACGAGGCGCAGGAAGCAGAGUGCCAGGUUCUCAAGAUGCAGCUGCAGCAGGAACUGGAGCUGUUGAACGCUUACCAGAGUAAAAUCAAGAUGCAGGCAGAGGCCCAGCAUGACCGGGAGCUGCGUGAACUGGAGCAGCGGGUGUCUCUGCGCAGGGCUCUCCUGGAGCAGAAGAUAGAAGAAGAGAUGCUGGCGUUACAGAACGAGCGCACCGAACGGAUCCGAAGCCUGCUGGAGCGCCAGGCCCGGGAACUAGAGGCCUUCGAUUCAGAGAGCAUGAGGCUAGGUUUUAGUAACAUGGUCCUUUCGAAUAUCUCCCCCGAGGCGUUCAGCCACAGCUAUCCGGGAGCGUCUAGCUGGUCCCACAAUCCUUCCGGGGGCUCAGGACCCCACUGGGGCCAUCCCGUGGGUGGCCCGCCACAAGCGUGGGGCCAUCCGAUGCAAGGCGGUCCCCAGCCAUGGGGUCACCCCUCGGGGCCCAUGCAAGGGGUACCCCGAGGUAGUUCACUAGGUGUCCGCAACAGCCCCCAGGCUCUGAGGCGGACGGCUUCUGGGGGACGGACGGAGCAGGGCAUGAGCAGGAGCACGAGUGUCACUUCACAGAUAUCCAAUGGGUCACACAUGUCUUAUACAUAGUAACUCCCAGCGUGUCUCUGAGAGUGGUGAUUCCACUGGAGCUGCCUGCCUACCGAAACUGCCAACAGACACCCUCCCCGGGAGCCCGGCACGAGCAGCGCGGACUCUGGGUGCGGGCUGGCGAGCGCAUUCAUUUGGGAAAGCGUUGUUUUGGGUUUACUAACAGGGAUGUCAUAGUAUUUGGCUGCAGAGUUCUCUUACCUUUUUGUUUUUUUUAAGGAAGCAGUGUGGAGUCAGGGAGAGGAGGGCGGCUUUUUCAGCGGCGGGGGCGGGAUGGUCUUUCUCUUUCCCCAGUGGCUUCGGACAGCCCCCUGCCUCCUGAAGCCCAGGAAGGAAGGGCCGGUAUCACCUUUCCUUUUGUGGGGAUGCUGGUGGUGAAUUAGCCAAGCCAAGAGCUGCCCUGGCAUUCUUGGCUUCCUCUCUGUGUUUUAUCUGCGCCCCCCCCCCCCCCGGUAGAGUCGGCCUCUUGCUGAGAAGGGACCAAACAAAAGUGUGCAGCAAGAGCGGGCCAGGAGGACUUUGCCUGCUGAGAGAAGCCGGGGAAGAGAGGUAGUGCAGACUCCCCACCCCCCCAGUGCACGUUCUCUCUCUUGCACUAAAUGGCAAAGUUGCUCUCAAGCAGGCCUUGGAAAAGAACUGCACUAGUGAAACGCAUCUGCCCCAAAGUCUGUUUCCGGUUCAGCCCCACGCGCCUGGGCUGUGUCACGCGCAGAUGCGGGAGGGAAGAGUUGGGUCAGGAAGGCGUUCUGUUUUCUCGACUUAAUACUGUGACAUCUCAUCUUAGUGAAGCAUCAGAACAACUCACAGGACACCCGGAAUCACCCCGGUCUGUCUGCUGUGUUCUUCAGAAGCUUGCAGGCGGCCAAAUCCAAAAUUCCAGAGGUAUUGCAAAAGAUGCCAUAAAUUGCAACCGGCCAUCGGUAGAUGUGGAGGCUUUCCUUCUGACACUACAUUUGCCAGUUACAUUACCUUCUUGGGCUUGCCACGUUUUCUUGUUUACAUGUAAAGCCAGCCAACUGUUUUGAGUGUUUUAGUUGCCACAGGGAGCCAGGAGGCACCAGUGUCUCUCCCAGCUGCUGACUAACCCCUGACUUGCCUCUGUAGACCCUUUGCUGCGCACACACACAACCCAUCCUUGGCUUGAAUUCUUCACGAUGCCGUGGCUGUUGGGAUUGCUUGACCACCUCUCUCUGCCUCUCAGCCAGAGGCUUUGCUUCCAAGGAGCUCCCACAUGCACGUGGAUUCCGGGAGAGCCUGCGAAAUAAGGUUUCCUGAAGCGGGAAGGCCUUGCAUGCUCAGAAUCUUUGGAACCGCUAAUGCCAAGGGCAGGGAAGGAGGCACCGUGGGCUGGCGUCAAAAGGGGUUAAAAUGAAAGCAGUUUGGCCGGAGGGUGAUUUUGUUUUCCUCAAAAAAAAAAUUCCUCCCAUGGGCUGCUCUGCUUGGCGAUCUUUGUAAAGUAGUUUCCUUGCACACUUAAAACACAACAAAACACACACAAAAAAACACUAGCUACUAACUCUAGGAUUUGCCUUUUAACACCUCUAUAGGGCUGAAAAAUGCAAGGUUUUUUUCUGAAUGUUUAUGUCCCUGUGACAUAUUUGUAUAGAAAAUACUCUAACGUGCGUCACACUGCUGCUCAGUUUUUUAACCAGUGUGACUUUUUUAAUUAGCUAAAUUAAGCACCACUCCAGAUCCUUAACUUUCAGACUCUCAGUCCUUUCCCCCCCCCCCAAAAAAAACCCUCCAGCUCUUUGGUUGAUCAUAUCACUGGCCCACAACCCAAAUCGACACCUAACUGGUGGGGUGAGCAGAAGGCCUUCUGAUGUUCAGCUGUGCACGGUUGUUCCAGUUAAGAGAGGGGAGACAUCAGAACAGCAAACCUUUUGGUGGCUUAUUCUGGGUUUUGUAUUUCUACAAGAAUUGUCAAAGAACACCCUUUCACCUCUGGCCACUCCUUGUAAUUGGCAUGUCUUUCAAGUAAAAUUAGUCCAGUUAAUUUUUUAAAUUAUUUUUUAAAGGUGGGAGAGAGAGAAAAAAAAACACUGAAACUUUUUAAACUUGGAAACCCCCAAAACUGAAUUUUGUGAACCUCCGGGCUCUCUUCCUUUUAGGCAGAACUGCAUCAAGAACAGGGUGCCAACCUAGAACGUUGGGGGGGCACCGGGGUACUCCUUGGUUCCUCGCUUGCACACAUGCAUGCACCCAAGGAGCAACGGUAUGAGGCGGCAUUGAAACCCCAGUGCUUGUCAUUCUUUUGCUUGCAUUUAUGAUGAAAUGUUGGUCAGGGGAGAUUUCCUGGAAAUCAUCUUGUUUUGUGUGAUGUAAAAGCAUACCAGGCUUUAACUGCUGCCUCCCCUCCCCCCCAUGUCAAUUUCAAUAUUAGCGCUUUUAUUGAAAAGAAUUGUGGUGUAACCAGUUUUUCUUUUUCCCAUGUACAUCAUCACUUGCCAGA